UCGCAUAGCAGACAUGGCUCGCGUGCGUAAUGUUGCCUCGCUCGACGCUGCUUCUGCGACGCGCCCCUACAACGUGACCAAGUCUCAGACAUGCCCCACAACGCCGGCAGCGAAGUCUGGCGUAUGUCACGGCUGGACUGUACAUCACUGUUCGGCGGUUCUGCAAACACGGACAUUGAUACGGUGAGAAGUGCCUGACGGCCACACAGACCCGACAAGUAAACCUCGCGCCGACUUGGACCCGAUGAGCAACUAAGACAAGAGCCAUGUUCCACAAUACAACGUUCCGGAUGCUAAUCGCCCUUGUCGCGUCGACCAUCCUGAUGCCUACAACGACCUUUACCUGGGCACUCAGUAGGGGCGCAGCUCAAGGACAUUGCUGUCGUUACGAUGUGGGUUCGUACUUUCCGAGUCGCCGAGAAUCGUACUCGUCAAAAGAGGUCAAGGCAGUAUACUCGAGGGAUAUGGCAGGUUGUGAAGAGCGUGGCGGCUGUACGCUUGACCCUAUUGCCUCCGCCGCAACAUCCCAACUCAAACAUAAGUCAGACCUUCCUCACAAAGCAACUGAGCUCGGUGAAUCGAGCGACCCGGAAGAUGGGCCCUGCGGUCGCGUAGCAGUCACAGAACUCUUAGGAGGUAUGCACAGUGGAGAUCGAGUGCACCAGAUCGCAUCUGUGGAUUGUUUCCAGGUCCUGUGCGUUGUGCCCUUGAACAGGCCAUGCCUCGCCGUUCAACCGUUUAAAUCACUCGCCAUAGAAUGCUGGCAAGGUGCGCUUCUCCCCGAUCAUUUGUCUCGUACGCACUUUUCACUCUAUCCUACCGUUUUCACUAUGGGUGCCACUUCUCCGUUGCCCUCGUGCACCGUCCUCUCCCACCCGACGCACCCAACCGGGGCCCGUCCUCAAUUGCCAACGACUCUUACGACCGUGUCGUGCCCUCAUGCACUCCCAACCAUAUCAUCGAUGCGUUCAUCUCGCAAACCAAAUGCCAAAAUGCUCCGCCCGCUGCCCACGCCCCCAAGGCCAAACAGCGCGGACACAGACUCACGGAGGCGCGACCAAGGGAACUCGCACCCGCGCUUGCCGUCUGCUUCAUCCGCGCAUUCCGUCGCCGACGGCUCCUACUCUCCCCGCUUGCGCCCCCUUCCUCGUCCUGAGGGCGACCCAUCGGGCCCGAAGCCCGCGCGGAGGCCCCUUCCGACGCCUGCACUAGCGGAUACUGCGUCUUCCAGCUCAAUGGACCUGCCAAGCCGUUCAGCGUCCUUGUCCAGCAAUCGUUCUGUAUCGACAACGUCGCUGACCACGGAUUCCGCUCCGUCGUCUCGCCCGCUUACACCGUCGAACCCGGCGGAGACGCACGAUCACGCGAUAGUCGUGCCGCCGGACGACAUGGAGUGCAUGGGGAUGCGCGGGCUCCUCAGUCACGGCAUGGGUAUGUUCCGCGAUGGCGACGAGGAUGGCUACAACCAGAGACUCAUGCUGGCGGCGGCGCUCGCAAUCAGGGCGCACGACAUGGUGAAGCAGGAAGUCGCAUGGAAGGCAUUCGUGUCGAAGAAAAGCAGUACGCCGGUGUUGGUCACUAGGUCUGCCCUGGAAAUGAUAUGUCCGACUCGGGAUGGUAUUCAACUGCGGCUCACGAACUUUGACGACCCAACCCCACGCAUGUUAGGCGAGAUCCUGACGUCCGGCACUUUGGCAACGGGGUUUUUCUUUUGAUUGCCCACAUAGACACCCAUAGAUAGUUCAACCUUCGCAGCUGUAUUCCUAGAUUUUCUCUCUCUCCAAUCAGCCUUUGAUUGUAGCAUUCUCACAUUCAUUGUCAUUCACUGCCCGCUAUAACUUAUGUCGUGCAUCUCACCAGAGUCUUGUUCCUGCAUUUCUUAUACGU